AUAAAAAUCCCCUUAAUCUCUCGACACAUUCUGGCACUUUCGUCUUAUUGUGCCUCACGCUGUGAUUAAGUCGAAGAAAAGGCAAAAAAAUAAAUAAAUAAAUAAAAUAUAAAAAGACAUAAGAGGGAUAAAUAAAGGAACGGAGAUUACGGAGGGGGAGGGCUAACAGAGAGAGGCAAACAAUAGAGAAUCAAAGCAUAAUAAUAUUCCUAAAUGAAGAGGGAAAUGCUGCUCCGCUCAUUUUAUUAAUCAGACUGUCAAUUUCACCCAAGAGGCCAAACCCAAGAGCAAUCUAAAACAGACUCAGAUCAACCCAGGGACAAGCACCUCGCUCCUCACUCCUCUCUUCCUCGCCACUUGGAUAUUAUUCGUCUGACCGAAGGCCGCCUCCAUCAUCAAGUGACAGCCCUCUCCUAUUUAUUUGCUUAUAAACCUGUUACAAUAAAUGAUCAUUGGAGCAACGUCAGCCCAGCAUUUUAACAACGAACAGCAACCACUUUUGAUGAAUGACAUUUUUUUUUUGCUGCUGCGGGGAGGAUGCACGGCUCAUUUUGAGCAGUCGCUCGUCGAUUGCAUUCAGAUUCUUUUCAUUUUUGCGUCUUGCUUAUAAAAAGGUUUAGAGACAGUUAUUUAGACACAGUUGCUGGGUUGCAUGCGGAUUUAGCUCCGACACAACUCAUUGGCGCUCCAGCCCCUUGGACAAGUGUGUGUUCUUCUCUUUUUUUUUCUCCUUUUUUUUUUUUUUUUUCGCACGGCUUAAUGAUGGAGAGGAUAAGAAAGGAGAUGAUAUUGAUGGAGAGAGGGCUGCACAGUCCUGUCUCGGGGAAGAGGCUCGCAGACGCGCCAGGAAAUUCAGUGCUGGAGGCCCUGGAGAACUCCCAGCACGGCGGACGGCUAAGCCCGAGAAUAACUUCGGCUUCCCUCCAUGGAAAUCUUGGGGACAUCCCGACGAAAGGCAAAUUUGAAAUUGACAGUCUUUUCGGCACGCACCACAACAGCGAAAAUUCCUCCUCGGCGGAAAUUUCCUCGUCAGAGAGCAGGAAGAAAAUGAGUCUUUACUCCGAAGUUUCGCAAGAAUCAGAUAUAAACAGCGAUGUGGAGGUUGGAUGCCCUGCGCAUAGAUCCCCGAGCCAGCACAAGGAGAACAACAAAGGGUUUUCGGACAGUAAUUCUGGAUCCUCCAACGUGAGCUCAAACUCCCUCCAAAACAUGAACGGCAAUUCAGCGGGAGGCUCGAACAAUUCCGACCAAGUCAGGAGGUAUCGGACUGCUUUCACCAGAGAACAGAUCGGCAGACUGGAGAAGGAGUUUUAUCGGGAAAAUUACGUUUCGAGACCGAGAAGAUGUGAACUGGCCGCGGCGUUAAAUCUGCCCGAAACUACAAUUAAGGUGUGGUUCCAGAACAGGCGGAUGAAGGAUAAAAGGCAGCGUUUGGCGAUGUCCUGGCCCCAUCCAGCAGACCCCAGCUUCUACACUUACAUGAUGACGCAUGCGGCAGCUACAGGAAGCCUACCUUACCCUUUCCACUCGCACAUGCCUCUACAUUACUACCCGCACGUCGGUGUCACGGCUGCAGCAGCGGCCGCCGCCGCCUCCGGUGCCGCCUCUUCACCUUUCGCCACUUCCAUCCGGCCCCUCGAUACCUUCCGCGCACUCUCCCACCCUUACUCGCGGCCGGAGCUUCUGUGCAGUUUCAGACACCCGGGACUCUACCAGUCACCCGCAGGCCUGAAUAGCUCUGCAGCGGCGUCGGCGGCGGCCGCGGCCGCGGCGGCGGCUGCGGCGGUCAGCGCCCCCUCGGCCGCCGGGCCUUGUUCGUGUCUGAGCUGCCACAGCAGCCAGGCGGCCAGCGCGCUCGGCUCCAGGAGCGCCAGCGCUGACUUUACCUGCACAGCUUCCGGGCAAAGGUCCGAAAGUGGAUUUUUGCCGUAUUCGGCCGCCGUUCUCAGCAAAACCUCAGUCCCGUCACCAGACCAACGAGAAGAAACUUCACUUAACAGAUAACUCGUCACGCAGCCCAACACCACCGUUUUCCUACAUCGCUCCAACUCUAGGGAAUAGGCCUACUUUAAAUAUUACACCUGGUUAAAGUAUAAGGCAGCAUUGUAAACAGUCACAAGAAGAAAUUUUGAUCCAAGUUAAAAAAAAAAAAAAAAAAAAAAGACUCUUUAUAACAAAACAAAAAAAAAAGACAAGGAUAGCUAACACCUAAAAAUUUUGCAAUUCACAAACUACUUUUCUAAAAGCGUGUGCCCUCUGUGUUGUACCAGUAGACCAAUUUUUUUCUGGGCUGGAUUAACUUACAUUUUUUUGUGGAUAAAAAAAAAAAAAGACAAACCAUCCAUUUAAUUCAUCCCAUCCCCAUGCCUCAAUCACAUGUGCCAUUUAAAUUGUUUUGUUGUUACAAUUUCCAGAGAUGAAACCAAGAACUGUAACUAAGUCAUUCCACAUUUCUGCGGCUCAAAUAUCCAACACUCAAACGUGACAAGACUUCCUCUGACUUUAGGAUACAAAAAUGGGCUAAUUAUUCUCUCUAAAUUUAGACAGCAGAAGGUCUGCUUUUUUUUUUUUUUUUUGUCCAGCAGCAUAUCUUUCUUCACUAGGCCUAAUAGACUGAGAUUUUUGGCAGCAAUAGCUUCUCCAACGCCCAUCCUCUGCUCUGUGGGGACACCCCUAAUCAGCUAGAAGGUGCAUAUGAUUUUGCAGCGCGUCUUUCGUGUCAAUUUUUAUGUUAAUAAUGAGAGGAUCAUGACAAAAAUUGCCAAUCAUGUACCUAGAUGGAGCUCCUUUGAAUACACGACUGUAAGAAAGUUCCUCGUUUUGAGACCCGCUGUCAAGUGCUAACAACCCGCGGAGGGAAGUCAUUAGACAUACAAAAGACCUGGAACAAAGCGACAGUCCUGGUACACAGAAUGCACUGUAUAAAGGAUGCUAUCACAGACAUGGAGGCUUUAAAAAUAUUACAUCCACAGCAGCCUUGCUAGUGCCCCUGAAUUUUUUUUUUAUUUUUAUUUUUUUUAUCUCCUAAUAAUGGGAAAUACCUCGAUAUCCUCCAGCAGCCUCUGUUUUAUUUACAUUGCCGAACCUCAUUAAAGCAGUCCAGUAUUUCCAUAGGUAUGUAAAUCCCUGUAGGUCCCCUUUACUCAGCAGAGACGGGACUGAGCGAGGUGAAAGUUCAGACAAAACAGCCUGGCUUUUUAAAAUCUAUCUGCGCCUGUAAAAAAAAUGGCUAUGCGCAUUUUUAGUCGUUCCUGUUGGGACAUCACCAAUAUGUUAAUUAUAAAACAUGUGAACUGUAAAUUUGCAAAUAUCACGGAUGGUCCUGUACUAAAGCUGAAUUGUUGAUCUGGGAAAAUGCGCCAUUAAAAUGUGGAUGGUAGGGUAUUUUUCAAACAUUUUUUUUUUAAUUUAUUUUGUGUGACUUGCUGAAUGUUUGUUUUUAAUUUUUAUUUUUAAUGAUUAUUGUUAAAACACUGGAUGUUCUCGUCAACAGGACCAUCACGUAGCCUACAGAGAAUUGGCUUGUAAAUUCACCAAUAUAGUCCAAAAUUCGCGAUCCGUUUUUUUUUUAAUUAUUUUUAUUUUUCGUGCAAAACGAAGAAUAAAUUCCGGAGAUGGAGAACGUUUCUUUCCACUCAAAAAAAAGAGGCUUUAAAGGGCUGAUAAAACGGGCAGUGAAAUGAAAAUGCCUUUUUUGUCCCUGCGGUCUCUGUUAUAACUCUAUAUCUCUGUAUUUAAAAUAUCAAUGACUGUAUGAAUUUAAAUAUUUUAACUUGAAAAAAAAAGUGCAAUAUGAAAUGUAAAUCAUGUUAUUUAUUGAUCGUGUUUGUUCUUGGGAAAUAAAUAAAAAAAAAAUCUUUA